UUUAUUUAUUUUACAAUUUAUGAAGAUCAAAUUUCAACUUACAUGUCUGUGAGUUAUAUAUUACAUACUAAUAUAUCUUAUCAAUUUUUUUUAUUUUUUUACGACAAUUUGAAUGACAUGAAUCAACGAGGGAACAUCCCUUGACGGAUUAAAAUCCAUUUCCGUGAUAUGGGCCUAAACUUUCCGACAUGCGGGCUCUCUCAGAGGCCCAUUUUCUCUGCGUAGGUGAGCAAAGCCCACUAUGGCCCACAGGAUUUGGCCCACUAUGGUCGGGUCGAUCACAACAUAGGCCAUCCAAAGCCGCGGCGCCGGGGAGCGACGCGGCCGCCGCCGGUGAGCUCGAGGGUCGUUGUGCACGAGCUCCGGCGAAGAGGAGCUCGAGGCAAGUAGUGCGCCCGCCGGAGCUGGAGGGGUUGCCUCGGCCCUCGAGGGAAGCACUCGCGGCGGCGGCCAUGCCCAUGCACGGAGCGAGCCGCGCUCGCUGACGACCGCCGGCGUGCGGCCGUUCCUGCAUCUGCUCGACGGUCACCGCCGGCUGCCGGGACCGCGGGAACGGCUUCCUCGGUGGUCACCGGCAUCCGCUCUGCUCACCCGAGAGAGAAAACGGAGUGGCGGAGACAUGCCGCCGGCGCCAUGGCCGACGCCACGCACCGUCAGGCAAGCCGCCGAGCUCCACGCCCGCCUCACCACCUCCGGCCACCUCCUCCUCCACCCGCCAUCCGCCCGCCACCUCCUCAACUCCCUCGUCAACUGCCUCGAGCCCCAUCCCCUCCACCUCCGCUACGCCCUCCACCUGUUCGACCGAAUGCCCCCCUCCACCUUCCUCUUCGACACCGCCCUCCGCGCCUGCUCCCGCGCCGGCUCCGAUCCACACCGCCCCUUCCUCCUCUUCCGCCGUAUGCGCCGCGCGGGCGUCCGCCCCGACGGCUUCACGUUCCACUUCCUGUUCAAGUGCUCCUCCUCCUCCUCCCGCCCCCACUCCCUCCUCCUGUGCACGAUGCUGCACGCCGCCUGCCUGCGCACCAUGCUACCAUCCGCCGCGCCGUUCGUCUCGAAUUCUCUCAUCCACAUGUACAUUCGGCUCGGGCUCGCUGCCGACGCUCGCCGAGCUUUUGAUGAGAUCCAUGUCAAGGACGCGGUUGCCUGGACAAUGCUGAUCAGUGGGCUGGCCAAGAUGGGCAUGCUCUGUGACACGCAGCUUCUUCUAUCUCAGGCUCCAGUGAGGGAUGUGAUCUCGUGGACAAGCUUGAUUGCCGCCUACUCCCGUGCCAAUCGGGCCAGAGAGGCUGUGGGUUGCUUCAAGACCAUGCUUUCUCAUGGCAUUGCACCGGACGAGGUUACCGUAAUCGCCGUGCUCUCGGCAUGCGCAAAGCUCAAGGAUUUGGAACUGGGACGUUCCCUGCACUUGCUUGUCGAGGAGAAGGGGAUGCCGACGAGUGAAAAUCUCGUGGUUGCGCUCAUCGACAUGUAUGCCAAGUGUGGUGAUUUUGGUCAUGCGCAACAGGUUUUCGAUGCCCUGGGUAGAGGCCCAAGGCCUCAAUCAUGGAAUGCUAUCAUUGAUGGAUACUGCAAGCAUGGGCAUGUUGAUGUUGCACGGUCUCUGUUUGAUGAAAUGGAGGUCCGUGAUAUCAUCACAUUCAACUCGAUGAUGACUGGGUACAUCCACAGUGGCCAGCUUAGAGAAGCAUUGCUAUUGUUCAUGAGUAUGAGGAGACAUGACCUGCGUGUCGACAACUUUACGGUGGUGAAUCUUCUAACUGCUUGCGCAAGCUUAGGUGCAUUACAACAGGGCAGAGCAUUGCAUGCUUGCAUUGAGCAGAGGCUGGUGGAAGCAGAUAUAUACCUUGGUACUGCACUGCUGGACAUGUAUAUGAAAUGUGGGAGGGUCGACGAGGCAACCAUUGUUUUCCAACGGAUGGGCAAGAGAGAUGUUCAUACUUGGACCGCUAUGAUCGCAGGUCUUGCAUUCAAUGGGAUGGGUAAGGCUGCUCUGGAGCAUUUCUACCAGAUGAGGUGUGAUGGCUUCCAGCCUAAUUCAGUUAGCUACAUUGCUGUUCUGACUGCAUGCAGCCACUCAUGUCUACUGAAUGAAGGCCGUCUGUACUUUGAUGAGAUGAGAAUCUUGUACAACAUACAUCCUCAGAUUGAGCACUAUGGCUGCAUGAUUGAUCUGCUGGGACGCAGUGGGCUUUUGGAUGAAGCAAUGGAUCUUGUCAAGACCAUGCCCAUACAACCAAAUGCUGUCAUAUGGGCCUCCAUUUUGAGUGCUUGCAGAGUCCAUAAACACAUUGACUUAGCUCAAUGUGCCGCAGAGCAUCUUCUGAAGCUAGAACCUGACGAGGAUGGUGUCUAUGUCCAGUUAUAUAACAUAUACAUAGACUCUAGACAAUGGGAAAAUGCGUCAAAGAUAAGGAUGUUGAUGGAAGAAAGGCAAGUUAAGAAGACUGCAGGAUAUAGUUCUAUUACUGUGGCUGGGCAGGUGCACAAGUUUGUUGUUAGUGACAAAUCACAUCCACGGAUAUUGGAAAUCAUUGCAAUGCUGGAGGAGAUUUCACACAGGUUAAAGUCAUUGGGUUAUUCACCGCUUACAUCACAGAUAACAGUGGAUGUGGAUGAGGAAGAGAAAGAACAAGCGCUGCUAGCACACAGUGAGAAGCUGGCCAUUGCUUUUGGCCUCAUUAAUCUAGCACCAAACUUGCCGGUUCAUAUCAGAAAGAAUCUGAGGGUAUGUGAGGACUGCCACUCUGCAAUCAAGUUGAUUUCCAGGCUUUGGAACCGGGAAAUCAUAGUCAGAGACCGGAGUAGGUUCCACCAUUUCAGAGAGGGAACAUGUUCAUGCAACGAUUUUUGGUAAAUACCAUUUCAUAGGACACCAAUUUUUGUGUGUGAAAAAGCUGAGGUUGAGGAACACUGUGAACAGGAGUUCUCACCUAGUCUCCUUAGUUUGGAAUUGCUUUUGAAUUUCUGAUCACCAAAGUAAAAUGAUGUCAGCUGUGUCGAGCAUCACAAUGCUCUCCGUUCAUCCUCAAGGUUGGUAGUUGAUGGGCUUUGUGGGUCGUCAAAAUCUUUUGGAUGGGCCGGCACACCGCCUCUGGGGCAGUUCAGGGGCAAAGUGCCAAGACCAAGACGGAAAGCAAACGCAAUAGGCCAGCAGCAGGCAGAUUGUCAGAAGGGUCAUCUUCCUCCUGCCACCCAGCCGCUGUGAUGCUCGUAUGACUAAUCCCGUCAUCCCUGGCUUCCGCUCACUUAAGGUAAAAAAUCCAAAUAUCGCUGGCUCAUCCUGCCCCGCCUAAAAGUAGGAGCAUAUGUCAUUAUUCUGUUUACCAGUUUGGAUUGCGCUCUUUUUUUUUUGUCCCCUAAUUUCUUCUGUUUGUUGGAUGACUGAUGUCCAUAACUGGAGUAGUGGAGUAGUAAUGAUUAACAAAUAAUUAGUUCUUCAGGAGCCUCAAGAAAUCCAUGUUUCUGAAAAUGAUCUUAUCCAAUUGUAAGCUCAAAAAGUUUGUGUUUUUUAGGUGAACAUGAUACAGAUUGCCCUCGUAUAGCCCUAUGUUUUCCUCUUUCAGUGAAGCAAAAUCCAUGCUUUUUAGCAAGGUCUACUCCCAUGCCUGCAAUACCAGAUGAUGUAAUAUGCAAUGGAAAUUCCAGUGCAGAAUACUAAUUCUUUGCUGUUUGGUGUGGACAAUGGGACAACAUUCAAGACGGAAUCAGGCUAUUCGAGCAUUGGUAAUUUUGGUUUCUGUGGGAAUGCUUUCCUGGAAUCAUUAAUGCAUCUGGUGGAUCCUUUAGCAGUUCAGAGUUGAACGGGCCAACUUUGGAUAUUGAAUCAUCGGCAUUUGGCUUGUUGAGUCAGCUUCCCCGAAAUUUCCUAUUUUCAGACCUACCAGAGGAUUUCAGCCAAAGCGCAGGUACAUUGUAAUGACAAUGUUGGUUUAUUUUGCUUUGUAAUCUGAGUAUGUGCUAAUUAAGUUAUCUACCCUACUGUCAAUCGAAGAAUAUGCUGUUUUCCUGUA